AUGGCGAGAUUUGAGAUAUGUAACUAUGGGGAACGUACAAGACUAUUGGAGCACAAAAUGAAUAGCAGCUACAACUAUCGUAAAAAGAAAGAGGUUCGCUACACACUUGAUUUCUUUGAUUUAUUAUUGAAUAUUGUUUUGCUUCUUAAUAUCCGAGCAUUAAACAUUAGUCAAAGACUAUCAUUCGGGAAUUCAAAUGGAAACACAAGCCAUGUAUUUGCACCUGAUGUUUCGAUCGAUGUAACCUCAUCUGCUAAUAGCAAUGGCCUGGCCAAUCCCGCCCUCCCUGUUGUGUACAACCCACCGGUCCUUUUUAAGCAACAAUGGAUUAACAAUACACCACCUCGCCAGUUCACCCCAGAAAAGUCUGUCAGUUUUGCAGACCAAAAGUCGUCUUUACUUCCCCCCAAGAAAUUCAAGGAACCCAUCUUUGUGACCGAGUCCCCUCAGAACUCUUACAAGAAAAAGAAAAGAUCCAAGAAAUCAAAAAGAUCGGCUGGGACAAACAUGAAUGGUGAUUCUCCAAAGAACGACGAUGACAAUUAUAAUAGCAAUAGUAAUAAUAACGGUGACGAUGAUGACGACGACGAAGAUGACGACGACGAUGAUAAUGAUAUUGCCAUGGAUGAGAAUGAUAUCCGUGCGCGCACCAAGCACCUGUCUCCCAAGGAACGCAGACAAUUGCGAAACAAGAUAUCAGCCAGAAACUUUCGUAUCAGAAGAAAAGAAUAUAUUGGGGAAUUGGAAGAAAAGAUUAGUCAGCAAGACUGUGUGGUGAGGGACCUCAGGGAAGAAAACCGUCGGCUGAAUGAAGUAAACAUGGAACUCUUUCAAGAAUUACAGCAGUGGAGACAAGGCACUAUGAACAUUCCUUCUCUUGCCAGUCCUCCUUCGUCCUCGUCCUCUGAUAGCCACUCUCCUGUACAGGCUGGUACCAAUAUGGCUGAUCCUGGGAAUAUUCUUCACAUUGACUUUGAUGACCUUUAUGACUUUGGGCCAUUCAAUAACAUCCUCACCAACUCCACUUACCUGUCUUACACAGUCAUCCCAGACUUUGAUUUCUUCCGUAACAUGAGUGGGAAGGGUAGCAGGCUGAAUAUCUGUGACGCCAAUGAGACUGGAGACAACGAUGAUGUUGAAUUGAUACGUACCUACCCUCUGCUUGCACCCGCUCUUAUGUCUAUUGUCAUGCACCACACCUUUACUCUCAACUAUGCAGCCUACCUGGCCGACUCCUUUCCUUACACACAAUGUACAAAUACAUCAGAUCCAUUCAAUCCAAAGUCAAUGGUGACUUCUCACAAAAGUGGUGGUGUAUUAAGUCCUGAAGAAUGGUUUUCUGCUAUGGUGGCCCUUCAGGAAGGACAGUCCAUCACAGAAAACAAUGCCAAGGAUGAUGACGGCGAUUGUUUUGAUGACGAGACUACUUGCUGCGAUUAUGACGAUGAGCGAUGCCAAGAUUACCUGUCAAAAGGUGUCCAGGCCCUGGAGGCCAAGGCGUAUGUGCUCAACAAAUGGCACAGUCAUUAUGUGAUGUGGAAGAUGUGUGGGUAUUCUCAAGAAAAGAUCAUGGAAAAGUUCGCUGCCUGUGUUGAAAAGCAGGAAGAAGAUGAGCGUAGAAAGCAAGAGGCCAAGAAAGAUAAGGCACAAAAGAAGGCUACCAAAAGACCUUCAGCUGUAGUAACCUCAGCUCGAUCUGUGAUUGCCUUUUGCUCUAUAGCCAGCACGCUGUUGCGCAAUCCCAAUAGUACACAUCAGAUUGGCCGGAUUGUGAACCAAAACAAGCACAUCAAUCCAAAACCCUGUUCAAAGAAAGGAAUCACAUUCUCAUCCAAUUCUGCUGGAUGUUCCACCACCACAAAAGUCUUUCGUCCCUUUGGAAUUACAAUCACCAAGUAA